UGACGGAGAGAUAAGAAGGUGUGAGUUAACGCACAAUGGAUAACACAGCGUUUGCCGGAGUUCGUAGACAUGGUUCCAAUGGCACGGUUAUAGCAUUACACAAGGAUGCUCAGUAGUCUCAUUAUGUUGUCUAAGCCUCACGAGCCUCUUACUGUAUUCUCUUCCAUUUACGGUAGACUAAAAUGAGCAUGGCAGACACCCAACACUUCUGCCUUCGUUGGAACAAUUAUCAAAGUAGCAUUACUUCUGCAUUCGAAAAUUUACGUGAUGACGAGGAUUUUGUUGAUGUAACACUGGCUUGUGAUGGAAAGAGCCUCAAAGCUCAUCGUGUGGUACUCUCAGCUUGUAGCCCUUACUUUCGGGAACUUCUUAAGAGUACACCAUGCAAACACCCGGUGAUUGUGCUGCAAGAUGUUGCUUUUGCUGAUCUGCAUGCAUUAGUGGAGUUCAUAUAUCAUGGUGAAGUAAACGUACAUCAACGGAACCUUAGCUCGUUCUUGAAAACUGCCGAAGUAUUGAGGGUAAGCGGGCUAACACAACAAGCUGAGGACAGAGAUGAGUUCCCUGCACAGUUGCAAGGUUCUCGUGGACACCAACAGAGUUUCUCAGAUAAACUGGUUGAAGAUGCUUUGUUUACAUCACCACCAUCACCACCACCACCUUCCCAACAUUCAAAUGCUACCUCAGGUGGUGCAACAGUGAACCAGCUACUGCGACGUGCAGCGGCAGCAGCAGCCAUAGCUUCGUCUUCAAGUCGACGAGAACGACAUAACUCAGCAGAGCAGCAGUCAGAUUCAUCAGAACAGUCGCAACAUUCAGCUCCGAGUAAGAGAGCAAGAACGUCAGCUAAUGUUGAAAAUAGCAACCAUAACAAUGGUGAAACUACCUCAGCGUCAACCAAUCAGGUGACAGCUACAGAUUUUUCUUCAUCCUUCUCUUCCAAACAAACUCAAGGCUCCACAACAGGAAGUAACAAUAGGAAGACAGAAUCUGAUGGUAAUGUAGCUUCAGGUGAUGGCGAUUCAUCACCUUCUCCUACCUCUGGAAUGUUAGAUGGCGUGAAGUCAGAGCCUUUAGAACUGCUGUGUGGAGCAGCAGAUAUGGAUAACAGUAAUGACUCUGUAGAGGCUACUGGUGGUGAUGCACCAGCCGGAAGUCAUCAGCAAUCAUCACUUUCAGCUGGUGAUCAUGAUGAUCAUGACAGUAUUCAGGGACACCCAGGCUCUGUUUAUCUCUCUACUCCAGAGAGUAAACUCUUUGCUUCUGCCACCUCGACAGGAUCAUUCAACUUCAGUAUGGCAGCGUUAGCCGCAGACCCUACAGGACUGUCAGGAAUUGGUAGUCAGAGUAUACAAGGAAAUGCAGAUGGUGCAGCAGGGACAUCAUCACAAGGUUAUGUGGCAGGAGACGAGUUUCGUUGCGAGCCGUGUGGGAAAAAUCUGACCUCUCUUCAGAGGUUACGUCGCCACAUUCAGAAUGUUCAUACCCAUCCAACUAAGACUCCUGUGUGCAACAUUUGUAACAAGGUGUAUAGCACGCUGAACAGUCUACGAAAUCACAAGAGUAUUUACCACAGAGCUAGUAAAUAUCAGAGAACUGAUGCAACACUGAGCUCAUUGGAUUUGGAAAGAAAAAAAGGUCCAAGUGGUCAGGUGCUUCUCUUUCUACCCUCAUCACGCUUCCCGCGUGUGGAUGCAGCAGCGGAGUCUGUCCACCGCUGUGAUGUUUGUGGCAAGAUGUUAAGUACCAGGCUCACCCUAAAGAGACACAAAGAGCAACAGCAUCUCCAACCACUUCAUAAUGCCGUGUGUAACGUGUGUAAUAAAGUGUUCCGAACCAUGAACUCGCUCAAUAAUCAUAGGAGCAUUUACCAUCGGAGAGCGAAAGGAGCAGUGAAAUUACUGAAUAACUAAGAAACAGCAUGUGGUAUUUAAUUCAGGAUAAUUUGGUAAACAAUACAAUAUUAGAUAUGAUAGAAUUAUGGAAGGGGAAGGAAUAAAUGUAUUUUGUGAGCAGCAUAGGGCAAACUGGAUAAAACUGUCCAUUUCCACUUGUGUAAGAGAUGGAUAAACCUGUAUGAAGGAUUAGUAGAUACUUUAAAUUUCUCGUGAUUUAUUAAACAACACUGUUCAAUUGUAAGGUUAUGUAGUGACAAAUGAUAGGAUGAUUUGUGAAUAAUGAGUUGGAAAAAAUGUGGAAUUACGUGGUCAUGGAUUAUUUUAAAGCAUUUUGUGGGCAUUGAAGGUCGCUGCCUUCUGCGAUAUGAUGCUGUGUAGUCUGGUAUGUGUGUUCCAACACUUUGGAGGAAUUUAUUAUCUUUAUUUUUAGAUACCCCCUUGAUAAACACCAGACUACAUGGUGUCACAUCCCAGAAAAUGGUAUUCUUCAUAGUCACUUCCGUGAGAACCUCAGAUUGUAGCAACCUGAUAUUUGCCAGGUGGGGCUGAAAAAUACAAUGAAAGAUCUCAGGAUAAUUGAUCUCUGAGGUGAGAUUUGAAUCCAGGACCUCCAAAAUAUGAAGCCAGAAUGCUUACCACUCUGUCACAGAGUUUGGUCUUGUGUUUUUAAAUGCAGAGAUAAAAGUUUCUUCUUUUAACACAUUGUAAUGGCAGAAGAGAGAGAACAGGCCAAUAAAAGCCUACCUUGAAGAAGGUGGUGAUGAUAAUGAAUUGACAAAAGUAGGGCUAUUGAAAAGCUUGAAGCAUCAGUAUUUGUAAUUACCAUGCAAUAUAAAAAUCCAGAAAACUACCAACAUUUCUGUUUACACAUAAGAACUUUAAUUCAUGAUUUCUGCCCUGAUAAUAUAUAUUUUGUCUUUGUUUGUUUUCCCCUCAUCAAGUGUCUUAUACAUUCUGAGUAUUAGUUAAAAUAUUUGUUAGAAUCUAUAUUUGUUCUUGUUUUGUGUUUGAGGGACAUCAAGUUUGAGGUUUCCUGCAAAAAAUAAAAGCUUCCUGUGGUGUCAUGUACAUCAUGUAUCUGCAGAUAAGUGGCUUGUUACAGCAAAAGCUGUGUUGUUAAAUAUUGGACUCUGCUCUGAAAUGAAAAUCUUGGCAGUGAUCAGCAGUUCUCCUGUAGGACUGCCAUGUGGAAAAUUAUAACGUUCUCAUCAACAACCUCAGUUCCAAAGCUGUAUUGUGCUAUAGCAUUAUGUACACCACACACACAGAAACCUUGAAGAUACGUGUUUUUACCUUGGAGAAAUUCAUAUUGCAAUAGACUCUUAUGUGAGUUGAUCAUUUACAGUUUUGCAAGAAUAGACAAUGAAUACAAACCCCUGAAGACCUGCUUUAAUAAUCUCUUCUGUCACAACAUUUUAAAAUGUAAUUAUUCUAUUGAAUUGAAACUGCGCAGUAAUAAAUAUAUCUUUUCAUUCUUUUUCUUGUUUUGUUGUUGAAUCUCGUCAUCUUUAAAGAUACAUAAAUGUAGACAACUGCAUGUUUGAGCAGAAAGUAGGUAGGGAUUUUAAUGAAUAUUGUGAACAGUAUUUCCAACAGCAUGACCAAAAUCAGAUGUCUGCAUGGCCAACCAAGAUGACGCUGAGAUAUGGCAAAGUUUUCCUACUCUGUUCACAAGAUUUACUUUAUUGUGUAAUUUCAUUGCCUUCUGGAAAAUGUUCUAUUUUUCUUAGCAUUAGGGUAGUGUUAGAUUUGUAAUGAAUGAUUGUGCUCUUCUGUAUGUGCUUCCAUUCACUCAGAGCUUUAGUUAGCAGAAAACACUUGCAGUAUUGUAGAUGAAUGUUUAUUGGGUAAUUUUGCCACUUUUCCCUCCACAUUUUUUUGUUUUACUUCAGAAUUGGAAAUAGUAGGAAGUAUAUAGAGAAUUUUUCAGAUAGUAUGAAAAUAGAUGCAUAGAAAGAGAAGACUGGCACAGAUAUGUGAAAAAGAACAAAAAGUUAGAUUUUUCUAGACUGGCUAAAAUAAAAGAUAUUAUAUGUUCUUGUUUUGUGGUACUAUAACUAGUAAGGGUGGAUGUGGACUGCAGUGAAGAUAUUACAUCAAUACUGAACCUGAAUCACAGUCUUUCAGGCUUAUUUCAGUCACUAUACAUUGAAAAUUGAAAGAAAAUUGGAUUUUGGAAUUAGGAUACAAUUAAAAUGAUUAUGGUGUGUCCUGCUCUACAAAUUGAAGGGAGAGCCUUUAGAUGUGGAGAGUAGCUACAAAUACAUUACAGGAGUAGCCAUUUUCUGUAUUAGGAGUUUAGAGAAUUACUGUCUCUUCAUCAUAAAAUGUUACAUGUUAUGAAACUCAUUCAUGGAACUUAGAAUGAACAUACCCUUUGCAAUGACCUUGUGGAUGGAAGGUUGAUACAACUGGCUGAGGACCAUGCCCAUUGGUAGGCUUUAGUGUUAGCUGUAUUGAACCUUGGUUCAGUGAUAAAGGCAUAUGUUAUGUUUAUUCACAUACUGGGAUUUAAUUCCUGUAAUACUAUGAUUAACUGUAACAACAAAUAUUUUUAUUAAUAUUUACUACUACUUCUGCUACUGCCACCACCACCACCACCACCACCACCACCAUCUUUAUUAUGAUUGCUGUCAUUAUUUUCUUUCUACGUUUAUUAUGCCCUGGAACCUCAUAUUUAAUGUCUUUUUUGGCUUUACUUCAACAAUCAAAAUGCCUUUAUGCUGUUUACGAGUAUUUCCUUAAAUAUUCAACAUUCUGAGGAAAGGAUAAUUAGAAAUUUGUCUUUGUUCUACUAAUAUAUGUAUUGAGUUAUUUUUGAGUAGUCUGGUUGAGUUCAGUUUGGCAAUAAUAUAAAGUAGAAAGUAAAAUUAACUAAUUUGCUACAAAAUUAAAAUUUCUUGACAGUUUUUAGUAUGGACCCAAAAUACCAGAUUCAUUCAAAUCUAUCUACUUACUUUGAAGAUGUUCAGAUAGGCAGAGAGGUUUUCCCCAUGUGCUUAUCUACUUCAUGCAAGAAUGCAUGCAAAUAUAAUUUUGUUGUUCAUUUCAGACAUGCCAGUUGAAAGUGUUUUAGGUAUGGUUAAGUGGAAAAAAAAAUAGUAUAUUUUGAUACACAUAUUGUCCAUGUGUGAAAUCUAGGAAGUUGGCAUACAUAUCACACGACACUGAGACUUUUGUGAUUAGAGCCUUUUUUCAUCAUGGUUCAUUGAUAAUUGUGGAUUCUGUUUGUGGAUAAUGGCACCGUAUAGAAGUAAGUGCCAUCCCCCAGAAAUAAUGUUUACAAGAGCUCCUUUAUUGUACCUAACUGUUGAAGUCUCCCCAUUGAAGAGGAUAUUACUUAUGUUUGCAUAUCUGGAAGUUCCUAUAGUAUUUGGUUAGCAAAAGUGGACCUAGGUGGUGCUAUAUAGCAAUAUUGGAGAGAAUGUUAAGCAGUGACAGGCCCCUGGAAUAACUGAGCAAGAAACCACUUAAAAGCUAUAACUCUCUCUCUCUCUCUGUCACACACACACACAAGUGGGUGUACACAGCACAUGUACACUGCACUCAUAAAGCUGGUCUUGCAUUCAUGACUUAAGAGUCAAGUGGAAAAGAUUAUAUGCACAUAUAUUGAAUGUUUUGAGUUCAGGCUGUAGACUCAUAUGAAGUUCCAAUUUUACUGAAGACUUCUGUCUUCUGGGAUAUAACACCAUGUAAUCCAUUGAACGUCAGCAGAUGCUUUGGAGGAACAUCGAUUGAUCUUCAGUGGACUUCAAGGCAUUAUACUGUUCAUAACCACUGCUGUUAGAAUGCAUAUCCCAUCUAAUUUAACUUCUCAAGUUUGUGACUUUAUGUCAGAUAUAAGUGCUAAAUUCCAUAUGCGCAAAAUCCGUGGAGUUAUAAGGCUCAGACCCAAAUAUAAGAAACAGUAAUAUUGGAUCUAAUCUUCCACUGGAAAAUUAAACAUAAAUCAUAUCUGAUGGGUUAUGAAACAUAACAUGGCAUUAAUCUUAACCAAAGGAAACUCCAGUUUUGAUUAGUUUUGAUUCAGAAUGCAAUUGACCAUUAUUAUGUAUGCAUCAGAACCAUGGAAUUUGAUUGUUCAUGCUGGAAUUUGACAUGUAGCUCCCGUCUGUUGUAGAUGGUUGUAAUGAGUGGGUACAGAAGAAAAAGUUAUUGUUUUACAGUUAGAGGGUGUAACUGUUCAACACAAAUCGCAGAUUCCAGUUCUUCAAGACAAUUGUUUUUCACUUUAUUCAGUCUGACACUAAUUGAACCAGACUUCAUUUGACUGAUAAUAAAAUAAGCAUGUGAAGUUUUUUAUUUGAUUUUUUAUAUGUUUGAGAUUUAUCACCACAAAACAUAAUUUUUAAUGGAAGAAACACUUGUGAUACUUCCAUUGCUGAAUGAGAACAUUUUUUGACAGUUUCCACAUGGUGCAGCUCAGUGCAUGGCUGCAGAUACUGUCAGUAUACUGCAGUGAUAGAGGGCCUGUGAUUGUAAUCUUUCAACUGAGAUUUAUAAUGUAUGUCUCUGUGGAAAUUAACUGUAGGGAGUUGGUACUGUAUUAAAUCCAUUCAUAUUCUUCUUGUCAUUACU